AACAGCUUUCCGAGUGCCAGGAGUAGAAUUUGUAUAAAUGCAACACUUUUUGCUCAAAGUGGAGUUUUGUUUUGAUUCUUUUAAAGCGGUACCUCUAUAGUUUUUGCCACUCUUGGAAAGAAACUUCUGUACAAGAAAUUAACCAAACAGGAAUUCUGGCAGCUUGUCCACCAGAGCUAUGGCUCUGAGCUUGGCUUGAAUAUAGAAGAGAUGGAAAGCAUUUAUUCAUCAUCUGAAGAGAAUGGACAGUUAAGAUCUAGCCUUAGUGAUGAAUCUGGAGAUAAGGAACCAGCUAAGGCUGUUGGUAUAGUUCAAGAAUCCACUGCUCUGACUGAAGUUGAGACGGAAUUUCUUACUGGAAACUCACUUUUAGAAGUUGCUGAACCAGAGGAAUGUUAUUAUGAUAAACAAGACAAGAGGAAUUCAUUGAUUCCUUUAGAAAGGAAGCUCUCUGAUGCUGUACCACACAAAGUUUUAUUACAAUCCUUGGAUGUAAAUGAGAAUUUUCCUAAGGAGAAGAGCAGUGCCUCAGAAAGUGAUGAAGACGUAGCUGAGGAAGCCACCCUUGAGUGUGAACUCCAUGGAAAACUCUUUAUUAAUCGCAUUUUCCGUAUUGGUGCAGAUAAGCUGUUUGAAAUGCUUUUCACCAAUUCCCAUUUCAUGCAGACAUAUCUCAGGACUAGAAAUAUAACAGAUAUUGUGUCAACUUCUUGGAACCAAGAUAAUAGAGGCAAUCAACUCAGGACCAUGACUUACACAAUUAUACUUAACAAUCCACUUAUUGGAAAAUUCACAACUGCAACAGAAAAACAGGUGCUCCGUAAACGAAGCCACAAAGAUCGGUCUUACCAAGUAGACGCAGAGGUGGUGACACAUGAUGUGCCUUACCAUGAUUACUUCUACAUUGUGAACAGUUUUAGUAUCUCUCAUAUGUCCGGUCAAAAAUGCAGACUCCGGAUUUCCUCAGAUGUGAAAUACAAAAAACAACCAUGGGGGCUUGUCAAGAAUAUAAUUGAAAAGAAUACAUGGGGAAGUAUCCAGGAAAAUUUCAAACAACUUGAAUCAGAAUUACUAGUGGAAGAAUAUGCAAUAAACAAACCUAUUGAGGAUCCUGCAAAAUCUGGAGUCCUAAGGAGGAGAAGGUGGAUUUUACAGCGGAAUUCAGAAGAGAUACUUCCUAAACACUCUAUACAUGAUUCUACAGAAGACAAAAGAACAAUAUCUCUUGGGAAUAUAGGAAUGAAGAAGAAUGCUACAAAUAAAACCAUCAUCAUCAUAGUGGCAAUGAGUAUUUUUUUAAUUCUACUGGUUUUUCUGAAUGUCGUAUUGUUCUUGAAAUUGUCAAAGAUUGAGCGUGCAGCUCAGUCAUUGUACCAUGUUCAACUUCAGGAUGAAGGGUCAACAACUCUAGCCCUUAAUGUGGCAUCAAAGGAGAAAACUCAUCAUAACAUGAAUCAAGCCCAAUAUGUGAAAGGGUUGUUAAAGGAUUCUAUAGCAUUGCUUGAACAGCUGAAGACCUCAUUGUCUAUGCUCCAGCAUAGUUUUGAUCACCUAAACACAACCAAAGAUGGGAAGCCUGAAAGUUGAUGUCACCAAAACCAGCUACUAAGAAGAAUGAAAAUAUAUUGCUGUGAUGGUAAAGCUGCUACUUUAUUAGUCUUUUCAUCACAAUACUUUUAUAUAAAAUAAAUGUUGUUCUGAAUUAAGCUUCUUUUAAAAAGAAUUUUCUUGUGAAAUUGUGAAACUUUAUGAAUCUUCCUGACCCACUUGAUGUCUCAUAUGUGUGUUUCUGUGUAUAUGUGUGUGUGUAUGUGUGAAAACACUUUCUUGAGCUGUGAAUACUGGUGGAAAUGAAUGUUUGAGAACACAAUGAGAGCUGAUAAUUAUAUGUACAUUAGAGAUAAACACUUCAGCAAACCCUGCACUGUACUGUAUAAAGUAAUAAACACUGGAUUUAUAUGGAAAUGAUAAAAUGCAAUAUAAAAUGUUUGGUUUAUCACAUGCAAAGUUUUUCACAUUUUUCUUUUAUCUAUGUAAAAAAAUCUUCAAAACUAAAUUGUUCCAACAUUUGGCUUAUUUGUUCCAGAUUUCUAUGAAUAAACCUAAAUUUUACAUGUAGCUUUUUCUGUUUGGGAGGAGUUUGUUUUAUGGAUUAUAACAUUUCUUCUCCUUAGUCACUAUCAUUUCAAUUCUCAGAAAUUCUCAGGGAAUUUUCAUUCAUGUCUGGAAGUCAUAUUUUAAAAUGACAACCCUACAUAUCUUUAAAAAGUAACUAAUGUAUAAUUUGAUUUAUAUAUUACAACCUUAGAGAGCUCUUUGUAAGAAUAUACGUAUAAUUUUAUAGUUUUAUAGUUUUCAAGGCCUGGGGGAUCAUGUCCCUUGUAACAAUUAAAGAUGCAGACUGUGAUAUGUAAAUGUUCUGUUCUGAUAAAGAAAAUUAACUAUCCAAUAAAAAAUUCUAAUUGUACUUCUGAUAAAAAAGAACAAAAACAU